AUGAUUCUCAACGUACCCGCGUUACAGAUCCUCAGCUCUGCAGAAAAUGAGUCAAAUGCUCAAACUUUGUAUGAAUUUGGAACUGCCGUUUUGGGAUUCGGUCAUUUCGUUUGGGAUGAUCGUGCGCCCAAUUUUGGUGGAGUGCGAAUGACGAUGGAGGACGCAGAUCUGCGGCUCGUUCUUCUCUAUUUGUCGAGCGGUUGGAAGAAAGUCAAUAUGAAGUUCUUGUUUUCUCAAAACUGGGAGAUCGAGGAAGCUGGAUGGAAGCUCCAAUUCAAAAAUUCUCGGGAUAAUGGAGGAGUAGAUGCCCCUUACUAUCUCUGGUUGUCGAAUCAAGAUGGAGGAGUUCCAUUCAAGGCGGUGGUGGAGCGAAUUCAUCCCUUCAAUGGAAGUAUCAUCAAUCGACAGGAGCUUACCAGCGAAGCGGAUGGAGAGCGACAAAUGAUGAAGUGCGAAGGUGGACUCGGUACUUUCAUCCGCUUCAAUAUUGAUAAAUAA